AUGGUCCGCUUCGAACAGCAAAUAGUCCUCCCCGGAGCUGAGUUUCCCCUGGAGACCGCAGUGGCACUCGUGGACUACUAUAGCAAAAGCAACUAUUACGUCUACGAACGCGGUGAUAGGUGGUACCUCGGGCUUGGUGCUCAUGCAUCCCUAGUCCUCGAUCCAAAGGGACAAACCGCGACAGAAAUCGACAAAGAGGGACGGAAAGAGUCGAUCCCCAUAACCAACUCGCCUACGGACCAAAUCAGACAGUUUGCCUCCAAAUACUCCAGCCAUGGAAAAAUAUUUGGGCAGGUCGGUUUCAACUAUUCUGCGCGCUGUUCAGGCCAGGCCUACGUGCCAAGUCGGUGGCCGAUGCUAAGCCUCAUGGUUCCCUGCGUGCAAGUCAGCAUAGAUCGUAAUCAGAUUAUAGUCACAGGAUACGCUGAAAAUGAGGUCUGCGAAGUUAGCAAGCAUAUCAAAGGCAGACUCGGAACAAUCUCCAUGGACAAUAUAUAUCACCCAUCCAAGCCCCAUGGCGCGAUUGACCUCACAGUGAACGCAGGCGAGUACAAAGCCCGCGUAGCCAACGCAAUUACAGAUAUUGCUGAGGGCAGAUAUACCAAGGCUAUUCCGUCCAGGAAAGUUCCCUUGGAUUUUCGGGUCGAUAUGCUAGCGACUCUCCUCCACGGCCGACGAGCGAACAAUCCUGCACGCACAUUCUCGCUUAACCAUAUGGGCAUGCAGGCGACCGGCUUUAGCCCUGAAGUUCUUCUCUCCAUCGAUGACGGGAAUGUCUAUACCGAAGCACUAGCCGGGACCCAGCGUUCGGAAUCGCCCGAGGCUAGCCUUGAUCCAUUCGACAACAAAUUACAUAACGAUGCCAAGGAGGUUAUGGAACAUGCCAUUGCAAUCAAGGGGUCCAUCCGUCGGUUGAGCCAGGUGUGCCUUCCUGAGUCAAUCUUUAUUAAAGAUUUCAUGAAAGUUAUGCCGCGAGGAAGCGUGCAGCAUCUCUUUUCCCAUGUGUGUGGACGUCUGGGAUCAAACUACGACGGCUGGGAUGCUCUACCGGCUCUUAUAGCCAAUAUCACCGUCCCUGGGAUGCCGGGACAGGGGAACCUGGAGGCAAUUCGGUGCUUUGAGCCUGAGCCCAGGGAUCUCUACUGUGGUGCGGUGCUUAUGCUGGAUGAGUGCUCAAAACUCUUCGAUGCGACGCUGGUUCUUCGCACAGUGUUCCAGGAUGAAGGUAGGCAGUGGCUACAAGCUGGGGCUGGAGUCACGAAAUACUCAAACCCAGAGCGUGAGUUUGCCGAAACAUGCGAAAAGUUGGAAAGCGUGGCGCCGUUUGUGGUGACCCAGCGUGAUUCAGUUCGAGGAAAAUCAAUUGCAUAA